UAAUAAGGACGUCAUCAUGAUCUCCCCUCUCUCUCACAUCCACAGGCUUUAAUACAACACGCAGUCAAAGUGCAGCCUCCAACCGCUGCAACACUUUCAGAGCCAACCCUCUGUAGCGCUUCUCCUCCAUCUCAUCCUGCCGGGAACACUUAACGUCACAAGAUUUUUAUUUUUAAAACAGAAAAGUACUUCAGGGUAAAGAGGGGGACGUGGGGUGGAAGAGGCACAGUCACAGCUCCAGCAAACAGCUGCAAGCUAACAGUAGCGUUAGCGGAGGAUACAGUGCGGUGCGGAGCGGUGCGGUACGGUGCAGCUGGCUCACUCACGCAGCUAGCUAAAAGGUGGCGGUGCAGCUGUUGACAGGCGGCAACUCCACGCAAACUGCAGCCGCUCUCCGUCCGUCCCGCAGGAGUAACCUCGGCGGCCGAGUGAGGGAGUUGGGGAUAUGAACGAGCUGGUGAGAUGCCUGCCAUCCCCGACUCUCCCGGGACUCCACCUGCCGUGUUUGGACGGGCUGGACACCUACAGAGGCUGGCUCUUUAAAUGGACCAACUACCUGAAGGGCUACCAGCGGCGCUGGUUCGUCCUGAGCAACGGCCUGCUGUCCUACUACAGGACUCAGGCAGAAAUGGCACACACCUGCCGGGGCACCAUUCCCCUGGCAACGGCGCACAUCGAGGUGGGUGACACCUGCCACUUGGUCUUAACUAGUGGAGGCCGGAGCUACCACCUGAAGGCCACCUCAGAGGGCGAGUGUCAGCGAUGGGUGUCAGCCCUGCAGCAAGCCAAGGCCAAUGCCACUCUGCUAAUGCACCACUCAGAUGACUCAGGAGAUGAAGGCCCUGUACCUCAGGAGGACCGAGCCCUAACCCAAGGGGUGCUCAAGACUCUGGCCAGCAAGCUAGAUGACCUGAGCACCUGUAAUGAGCUGAUAGGAAAGCACGGUGCUGCCCUCCAACGCUCCCUCAGCGAACUCGAGGAACUGCGUGGAUCUUCUGAAAGCACAGACAAAGUGAAAGCUGUUAAUGAGCGAGCCACGCUUUUCCGCAUCACCUCCAAUGCUAUGAUCAAUGCUUGUCGUGACUUCCUGGACGUGGCAGAAUCUCACAGCCGGAGGUGGCAAAAGGCCCUGCAGCAUGAGAGAGAACAGCGUCACCAUCUGGAGGAGACCAUCGAACAGUUAGCCAAACAGCACAACAGCUUAGAGAGAGCCUGGAGGGAGAAUCCCACCUCAUAUACAGGUGUGGAGCGGUCUCAGGAGGGGGAUGCGAGUGAUGAGAAUGACGAGGCAGAGUUCUUCGAUGCCAUGGAGGACUCGCCUGCAUUCAUAACCGUGACUGCUAGUGGCAACAUACAGCACAAGCGCUCAGGGAGCAACCAGAGUAUGAUGAGUGGAGGAGUGUCCAAUGACUGGACUCACAAUGAGAAUGACACCUCAGGCACAAACCAUAUGCUUCGAAGAACAAGACGCAGUCGCAUUCCUGACAAACCAAAUUACUCCCUUAACCUGUGGAGCAUCAUGAAGAACUGUAUUGGCAAAGAUCUGUCCAAGAUACCCAUGCCUGUAAACUUCAACGAGCCGCUGUCAAUGUUGCAGCGCCUGACUGAGGAUCUGGAGUACAGCGAGCUUCUGGACCGAGCAGCUCGCUGUGACUCCUCCCUUGAGCAGAUGUGCCUGGUGGCUGCAUUUUCUGUCUCUUCCUACUCCACCACAGUCCACCGUACAGCUAAACCCUUCAACCCCCUGCUGGGGGAGACUUACGAGCUGGACCGACUAGAGGAGUAUGGUUAUCGUUCCAUUUGUGAGCAGGUCAGUCAUCACCCACCAGCUGCUGCCCACCAUGUGACAUCACAGAGAGGAUGGACCCUGUGGCAGCACAUCACUAUUGAUAGCAAGUUUCGUGGGAAAUAUAUUUCCGUUGUGCCAUUUGGAAACAUUCAUCUCCAGUUUCAUUCGAGCGGAAACCACUAUGUGUGGAGCAAAGUGACUUCAACAGUGCACAACAUUAUUGUUGGAAAACUCUGGAUUGAUCAGUCUGGGGACAUUGACAUUGUAAAUAACACUACCAAGGACACCUGUCGUCUCAAAUUCUCCCCCUACAGCUACUUCUCCAGAGAAGUCCCACGCAAAGUGACAGGAGUGGUAGAGGACAGAGAGGGCACAGCACAUUACAUCCUGUCAGGAACCUGGGACGACAAGAUGGAGAGCGCCAAAAUAGUGGACAGCAGCCAAGGAUGCGGAGGCUCAGAGGGCAAACAAAAGACAGUUUAUCAGACUCUUCAGCCCAAACUGUUGUGGAAGAAAUAUCCUCUCCCAGAUAAUGCAGAGAACAUGCACUUUUUCUCCUCCCUGGCUCUGACUCUCAAUGAACCAGAAGAGGGUGUUGCGCCCACUGACAGUCGCCUGAGACCAGACCAACGGCUGAUGGAGGCAGGUCUGUGGGAUGAAGCGAAUGUCCAGAAGCAGCGUCUGGAGGAGUGUCAGAGGCUGGAGAGGAAGAAAAGGGAGGUGCAAGCCAACCAGGCCCUGGAGGAAGGGCAAGACAUCGAGGGCUACCAGCCACUGUGGUUUGAGAAGAGGACAGAUGAAACAAGAGAAAGCACUUAUGUUUACAGAGGAGGCUACUGGGAGGCCAAAGAGAGACAGGACUGGAGCCAGUGCCCUGAGAUCUUCUAGGACAAAAGUUUACCAUACACCGUGGCAUCAGACAGGCUGAGUUGUUCCUCCUGGUGCCAGGAUACUUUCUGAGUUACAGACAGUUGUCUGGGCGUAGAUGUGCGUGUGUGUGUCAGUGUGUGUGUGUGUCUGAACCUGCUUUUGAAAGUAGCCACCAGUCCCGGAAUUUCAAGCACAACAGCUCCUGCUUCCACUUACUAUUCUACCCUCCUCUGCUCUAAUGUAACUUGUGUUUUAAGGAAGCAUGGCCUCAGUUUUAUGUGUGCUGUGUGUACGCUUGUUCACCACUGCAGAGAACAGAUUUACAAGAGUACAUGGUGUUCACAUGUGUGUCAAUAUAGGUGUGGGGCAGAAAAGCUUGCGCAUAUACAGAGAAAUUACUUAUGCACCAAAACACACUUGAUCCUGUGGGUGUGUUAAGGGAUAACUUUGGGGAAAGGAGUGGUUUGAAGAACUGAAUGUCUCGCUCUCCUCAAAGCUGGAACAACGUGUUCCUCAUGCCGAGCUCUGACAGAGACACCAGGCUUUAAAAAGACUGUAUCAGAACAUCAGCACCAAAAGGCUUUUUUCACUUCUUUUAUUGAUCCACCUGGUUCUUGUGGAUUUUUACUGUUCUACUUCUUGAAAUUAAACAGUAUCUUCAAGGAUGUACAGUAAUUGUCCAGUCUUGGACUUGAACAAAUUUGCACCAGAUGGCACGUGUUAAAAACUAAGGGCGUGGAAUUUGAAGCGUUUAGCAAGCUGGGAUGGUCUAAGUAAAGACACUCUGACACUGUUGAGUUGCAUUAUGGGAAAUGUAGGAUCCUGCAUUUUUGGAGCUUGACCCAUACUAAAGACUAAAAUCAGGAUAUCUCAACCUCUAUGGAAUCUAUUGUGACCACUCACUUUAAAAUGAGUUGCCACACUUAAUGGAAGUUCAAUAGUACAUUUUUGGUGUACCACUUGUUAUAUCUGAUGUAUAAAUCUAAGUUAAGCCUGGGGGAUUGUCUUCAGAAAGGAAUUAUAUUGGUGCUCAAUAGUAGUUUUAGCCUUAAUAAUGUAAUGAAGUAGUAAUUACCUUAUGACAACAGCAUCCAAAUGUUUAGAUUCUGUACAGAUUAUAGAAAUCUAGCUGACAAAGAACUUACAUGUAUACUUUAGGGUGAAAUUCAUUUAAUUUUGUUUAAAAUUGACUCAAAAUAUCAGGGGUUAUCAUCUUGGCAAGUAGCAACACACCUGUUGCCACCAUUUUGAAUAGUAGAAAUGACUAGCUCUAUGAGUGGCUUAUACCUUAGAAAGCAUCAGAACAGUGUUUCAUGCAGCACAGAACUGUUUUAGCAACAGUAUUCCAUUAGCCGAAUAAUACUUAUUUAAAGAAAUCUGAUUUAUACACAUCAGUCAUUAGCAGUACAUAUGCUUUUGUGUGCAAGGAAGCACUGGUGUACAUUAGUAGUAAAUAUACAUUCUAUAACCAAUAGUUACCAAUUUAUUUGUAGUUUCAAGCUUACUGUGUAUUAUAACAAGUAGGACUGCCUGGUUGAUUUAGCCUGUAUAUAGCAAUAAUCUAACAGAAAUAGAAUCACCUCAGUUAUCAACACUGUCAGAAAGUAUUGUUUCACAUUACUUGAACGUUCACAUUUUGGUCACUACAUACUUGUGUUCACACAAUCUUAAAGGUCCAGUGUGUAGAAUUUAGUGUCAGAUUAUAAAAAAACAACAUAACGCUCUUUAUCUCACCCUUCCCUACAGUUUCAGGUGAUUCUACAUGAAUGAAAACUAAGUCUUACACACUGGACCAUUAAACGGAUUGUAUUAUGAUUGUAUAGCAAUUAAUGAUAUGUUGGGGACAUGAAAUUACAUUAAAUAUGAGUUUGUAAGAUACAGGUUAUAAUACUGAUGAUACAAGUAAGGUGUUGUUCAAAUAAAGCACAAUGUUUACCUGCAGGUAAUGAUACAUGCUCCAUAAACUCAAAGGUUUCCAUGGCAACAUAUACUGUAGCUAUGCAUGGUCUUAGAGUGCUUAAGCACUUCUGUAGUGAGAAGCCUCUUCACCUAGUUAUUAUUUGUUUGUGGACUCUUACUCAAACAUGAUGUGAACUCACCUUUUGUGCCCAAUGAUCUCAAAGACAUUUUUGAGCUCAAAUAAAAACAUAAAGCCGUCA